AUGCGCAGUACAUUUAUAAAUGUUUAUUUUUCUGAUUUGGUUUUUGACUGUUCUGGCGAAGUUAAGAGAAGUUUGUUCCAAGGGAGCUCAGUUAUGCCUUUUGACAAGGAGUAUUGCGAAGAUGGGUACACAGAAAGUAGUAUUGAUAUCAACAUCCAUAGAUAUAAGUUGGAUUGCGGUGGUAAUGGAAGGAUUGUCCCUAUAAAGGAAACGCAUGAAAAUGUUAUAGAAAUAGAAAGAAGAGAAUUUUGCAUAUGGCAUGUAAAGAUGAAUGUAGAGGUGGAAGCUGGUCCAUCCCGAAAGGCAGCCGCUGUUAGAGGCGCCAAAAAGUUGGGGGCUACAUGGAUUAUACUUGACAGGGAGUUGAAGAAAGACAAGCAAUACUUUAUGGACAGGCUCUUGUGUGGCAUAUCGAGUAUGAAGAGUAACAACACCGUUGUAGAGGUCAGAGGUCCAAUUCGAAAACAUGUUUCAUAUGAUGAAAUGAUACCAUCAUACUCGUGGGAAGAACUUUCUCCUUCACAACAGAGCAAGUAUGUUUAUCCAGAGGUCCAAUUCGAGAACAUGGAUCAUUUGAUGAAAAUAUACCAUCAUACUCGAGGGAUAAAUAUUCGAUCUCCAAGCAUCCUCCUUCAUCGUCUUUCGUCCACGAUGCCUUUCCCUUUGAAGGAGAAAGGAGAGAGAAUGAUUACUAUUUACAUCCACGUAUUAAUACAUGGUAUUGUAGAAUCUCCAGCAACUCAAAAGGCUAGCUCAUUCAAAGAACAAGCUCAUAACAGAUGCAGUAGGCACUUUCUUGAUAAUUCCAAAGUAUUAGCCUCGACUGCUGGUAUUAUAGAGACAAGACAAACAAUGGGGAAGGUAAUGAAACUAAGACAAACAAGAGAGGAAUUUGAAAGUACUUGUUCAGUUUGUAGAAACAAGCGACCUAAGCUUGCUAUGCAAAGGGACUUCACUUUUGAAGAGCUUUAUGACGCUACAGGGGGGUUCUCAGAUGAAAAUUUCAUAUCAGAAGGGGGAUUUGGUUUUGUAUUUAAAGGAGUGUUGGAAAAUGGACUAAAAAUAGCUGUUAAGCAGCACAAAGCUGCCAGUCUUCAAGGAGAGAGAGAAUUCAAAUCUGAAGUUCAUGUACUUAGCCAUGCAAGACAUCAAAAUUUAGUCAUGCUACUGGGCUCUUGUUCAAAAGGAAGCCAGAGGUUACUUGUUUCUGAAUAUGUCUGCAAUGGCUCACUGGAAGAACUCUUGUCAGGUAACAGUAAGAGGCCUCUCAACUGGGAAAAGAGAAUAAAAAUAGCACUGGGAGCUGCCAAAGGCUUAGAGUGUCUGCACGCCCGCAACAUCGUCCACAGAGAUAUGAGACCAAGCAACAUUCUCAUUACGCAUGACCAUGAGUCACGGCUGGGAGAUUUUGGUCUUGCAAAAGCACAAGAAGAUGAUUCUGUUACCUCAUAUAGUGGCAUGGUUGGCACUCUUGGGUACAUGGCACAGGAAUAUGCAGAACAUGGAAAAAUGUCGACAAAGACAGAUGUCUAUUCAUUUGGAAUGGUUAUGUUGCAGCUUAUCACUGGACUAAGGACAACGGAUAAGAUUCCUGAGGGGAAAAGUCUCGUUGGAUGGGCAAAACCACUUCUGGAAUCAAAAAACUAUCCAGACCUCAUUGAUAAAAGAAUUGCAAACUCCCAUGACGUCCACCAACUUCUCUGGAUGGUGCGAGUUGCUGAAUCUUGUCUGAAAAAGGAUCCAAAUGUAAGGUGUACAAUGGAACAGGUAGUUCAUGAUUUGAGCUGCAUAGGUGAAGACAACACAAACUUUAUUCGACACUUCUUUCCAACAGACAUGGAUUCCGACUCUGAGAUUAGUAUAAUUGACUCCCAUGUACCAGAGGAUGAAUCAAAAUAAAAUGAAUACAACUUGAAAAGUGUUCGUUUCAGUUGAACAGUCUGCCAAAAUCUGCUUCAAGAGAUAAUGGGUUCUUGUGGCAAGGGAAAAAGCUUCACAUUUUUCUAAUUUGUAUUCAAGCUUUCAACACACUGGUUUAUUUUCUUUCCUUUUUUGAGUAUUGACUGUGUUGGUUCUGUAAUGAGAAGGUUGGAUUUUAUUGUCAUUUAUUUAUUUUUCUAAUUUAGUGUUGUAAAUUGUGUAUAUAAAAACUUGAUUUUCACAUAUUA